UUGUGCUCCGAGUGGACGCUCUCCGCGUGGGCGGGGCUUCCCGGGAAGGGGGCGGGGCCUGUCUCCUCCCCGAGGGGCUCCCAGAGGCACCGCAGCAGCGCCCCCAGCUCCGCGUCCUCCACUUCCGGGUCCUGAGGUGAAGCAGGAGAGGGGACUCGCCAGCCGCCAUCAUGGUCGCCCUGUCGCUCAAGAUCAGCAUCGGCAACGUGGUGAAGACCAUGCAGUUCGAGCCCUCCACCAUGGUCUACGACGCCUGCCGCAUCAUCCGGGAGCGGGUGCCCGAGGCACAGAUGGGGCAACCCAAUGAUUUUGGCCUCUUUCUGUCUGACGAAGACCCAAAGAAAGGCAUCUGGCUGGAGGCUGGAAAGGCUCUGGACUACUACAUGCUCCGCAAUGGGGACACCAUGGAAUACAAGAAGAAGCAGCGCCCACUGAAGAUCCGCAUGCUGGACGGGACGGUCAAGACAGUCAUGGUGGACGACUCCAAGACGGUCACCGAUAUACUCAUGACCAUUUGCGCCAGGAUUGGCAUCACCAACUAUGAUGAGUACUCUCUGGUGCGGGAACUGGCAGAGGAGAAGAAGGAGGAGCAGACGGGGACCCUCAAGAAGGACAAGACCCUCCUCCGCGAUGAGAAGAAGAUGGAGAAGCUCAAGCAGAAGCUGCACACGGAUGAUGAGCUCAACUGGCUGGAUCAUGGCCGCACGCUGAGGGAGCAGGGCAUCGACGACAGCGAGACGCUCCUCCUCCGGCGCAAGUUCUUCUACUCCGACCAGAACGUGGACUCGCGGGACCCGGUGCAGCUCAACCUUCUCUACGUCCAGGCCCGUGACGACAUCCUGAAUGGCUCCCACCCGGUCUCCUUCGACAAGGCCUGUGAGUUUGCCGGCUACCAGUGCCAGGUCCAGUUUGGGUCCCACAACGAACAGAAGCACAAGCCGGGAUUCCUUGACCUGAGAGAUUUCCUGCCCAAGGAGUACAUCAAGCAGAAGGGGGAGCGCAAGAUUUUCAUGGCCCACAAGAACUGUGGCAACAUGAGCGAGAUCGAGGCCAAGGUGCGCUACGUGAAGCUGGCCCGCUCCCUCAAGACCUAUGGCGUCUCCUUCUUCUUGGUCAAGGAGAAGAUGAAAGGCAAGAACAAGCUGGUCCCGCGCCUUCUGGGCAUCACCAAGGAGUGCGUGAUGCGGGUGGACGAGAAGACCAAGGAGGUCAUUCAGGAGUGGAGCCUCACCAACAUCAAGCGCUGGGCCGCCUCCCCCAAGAGCUUCACCCUGGAUUUUGGGGACUACCAGGACGGCUACUACUCUGUGCAGACCACCGAAGGGGAGCAAAUUGCCCAGCUGAUUGCCGGCUACAUUGACAUCAUCCUGAAGAAGAAAAAGAGCAAAGACCAUUUUGGCCUAGAAGGCGACGAGGAGUCCACUAUGCUUGAAGACUCAGUUUCCCCCAAAAAGUCGACCGUCCUGCAGCAGCAGUUCAACCAGACGCACAAGGCGGAGCAUGGCUCAGUGGCCCUUCGCGCCCUCAUCCGCCCGGGAGCCGGGGGCCCUGAGAACUUCCAGAUGGGCUCCAUGCCGCAGGCUCAGCAACAGGUCACCAGUGGCCAGAUGCACCGUGGGCACAUGCCCCCUCUGACGUCAGCACAGCAGGCCCUGACGGGGACCAUCAACUCCAGCAUGCAGGCCGUACACGCUGCCCAGUCCAACCUGGACGACUUCGAGACACUUCCUCCUCUGGGUCAGGACGCGGCCUCCAAGGCGUGGCGCAAGAACAAGAUGGACGAGUCCAAGCACGAGAUCCACUCCCAGGUGGACGCCAUCACGGCCGGCACGGCCUCCGUGGUCAACCUGACGGCCGGGGACCCCGCCGAGACCGACUACACGGCCGUGGGCUGCGCCGUCACCACCAUCUCCUCCAACCUGACGGAGAUGUCCAAGGGGGUCAAGCUCCUGGCCGCCCUGAUGGAGGACGAGGGCGGCAACGGGCGGCAGCUCCUGCAGGCCGCCAAGAACCUGGCCGGAGCCGUCUCGGACCUCCUCAAAACAGCACAGCCCUCCAGCGCUGAGCCUCGUCAGAACCUGCUUCAGGCGGCGGGGGCCGUGGGGCAGACGAGCGGGGAGCUGCUGCAGCAGAUUGGGGAGAGCGACACGGACCCCCACUUCCAGAUGGUGGAGAGCCGGCGCCUGCAGAGCCUGUCCGCUCCCAAGCCGAAGACGGACAUGCUGAUGCAACUGGCCAAAGCCGUGGCCAGCGCGGCCGCUGCCUUGGUCCUGCAGGCGAAGAACGUGGCCCAGAAGACGGACGACUCGGUGCUGCAGACGCAGGUGAUCGCGGCGGCCACCCAGUGCGCCCUCUCCACCUCCCAGUUGGUGGCCUGCACCAAGGUGGUGGCUCCCACGAUCAGCUCCCCCGUUUGCCAGGAGCAGCUGGUGGAGGCUGGGAAGCUGGUGGCCAAGUCGGUGGAGGGUUGUGUGGAUGCCUCCCAGGCGGCCACGGGCGACGAGCAGCUCCUGAAGCAAGUGGGGGUGGCAGCCACGGCGGUCACCCAGGCCCUCAACGACCUGCUGGAGCACAUCAAGCAGCAUGCCAUGGGCGGGCAGCCCAUCGGGCGCUACGACCAGGCCACGGACACCAUCCUCAACGUCACAGAGAACAUCUUCAGCUCCAUGGGGGAUGCAGGGGAAAUGGUGCGUCAGGCCCGGAUCCUGGCCCAAGCCACCUCUGACCUGGUGAAUGCCAUCAAGGCCGAUGCCGAGGGGGAGACGGACCUGGAGAACUCGCGCAAGCUGCUCAGCGCGGCCAAGAUUCUAGCAGAUGCCACAGCCAAGAUGGUGGAGGCCGCCAAGGGGGCUGCGGCCCACCCAGACAGCGAGGAGCAGCAGCAGCGCCUGCGGGAGGCGGCCGAGGGGCUCCGGAUGGCCACCAACGCAGCGGCCCAGAACGCCAUCAAGAAGAAGCUGGUCCACAGGCUGGAGCAUGCAGCCAAACUGGCGGCUGCUGCUGCCACCCAGACCAUUGCCGCUGCCCAGCACGCUGCCACGACCAACAAGAACCCGGCUGCUCAUCAGCAGUUGGCCCAGAGCUGCAAGGUGGUGGCCGAGCAGAUCCCGAUGCUGGUGCAGGGGGUGCGUGGCAGCCAGUCCCAGCCGGACAGCCCCAGCGCCCAGCUGUCCCUCAUCUCUGCCAGCCAGAACUUCCUGCAGCCUGGAGGAAAGAUGGUGGCGGCUGCCAAGGCCACGGUGCCCACCAUUGCAGACCAGGCCUCUGCCAUGCAGCUCAGCCAAUGCGCCAAGAACCUAGCAGGAGCCCUGGCUGAAUUGCGAACUGCGGCUCAGAAGGCUCAAGAAGCCUGUGGUCCUUUGGAGAUCGAUUCGGCCCUCAGCCUUGUGCAGAGCCUGGAGAGGGACCUGCAGGAAGCCAAGGCGGCCGCCCGGGACGGCAAACUGAAGCCCCUUCCGGGGGAAACGAUGGAGAAAUCUGCCCAGGACCUUGGGAACAGCACCAAAGCCGUCAGCUCUGCCAUUGCCCAGCUACUGGGAGAGGUGACCCAGGGCAAUGAGAACUACACAGGGAUUGCGGCCCGGGAUGUGGCCCAUGCACUGCGCUCCCUCAGCCAGGCGGCACGAGGCGUAGCGGCCAACACGGAAGACCCCCAGGUGCAGGCGGCCGUCCUGGACUGUGCUGGAGAUGUCAUGGACAAGGCCGGCAACCUGAUCGAGGAGGUCCGCAAGGCGGUGGCCAAACCGGGAGACCCGGAGAGCCAACAGCGCUUAGCACAGGUGGCCAAGGCCGUCUCGCAGGCCCUCAACCGCUGCGUGAACUGCCUACCGGGGCAACGGGAUGUGGACGCAGCCAUCCGCACCAUCGGUGAGGCCAGCAAGAGGCUCCUGGCUGAAUCGUUUCCACCAAGUGCCAAGAACUUCCAGGAGGCCCAGAGCCACUUGAACCAGGCCGCAGCCGGUCUCAACCAGUCUGCCAAUGAGUUGGUGCAGGCCUCAAGAGGCACGGCCCAGGACCUGGGCAAGGCUUCGGGCAAGUUUGGCCAGGACUUCAACGAGUUCCUUCAGGCUGGCGUGGAGAUGGCCGGCCAGUCUCCGUCCAAGGAGGCCCAGGCCCAGGUGGUCUCCAACCUGAAGAGCAUCUCCAUGUCAUCCAGCAAGCUGCUGCUAGCCGCCAAGGCCCUCUCGGCUGACCCUGCUGCUCCCAACCUCAAGAACCAACUGGCGGCUGCUGCCCGAGCGGUGACAGACAGCAUCAACCAACUGAUCACCAUGUGCACCCAGCAAGCGCCAGGACAGAAGGAGUGUGACAACGCCCUGAGGGAGCUGGAGACUGUUCGGGAGCUGCUGGAGAACCCCACUCAGGCGGUCAAUGACAUGUCCUACUUCAACUGCCUGGACAGCGUCAUGGAGAACUCCAAGGUCCUUGGAGAGGCCAUGGCGGGCAUUUCCCAGAAUGCCAAGAAUAGCAAGCUGCCCGAGUUUGGCGAGUCCAUCAGCACUGCCUCCAAGGCCCUCUGCGGAUUCACUGAAGCCGCUGCCCAGGCAGCCUACCUGGUCGGUGUCUCCGAUCCCAACAGCCAGGCAGGGCAGCAAGGCCUAGUGGACCCCACCCAGUUUGCUCGUGCCAACCACGCCAUCCAGAUGGCCUGCCAGAACCUCAUCGACCCAGCCUGCACCCAGUCCCAGGUCCUGUCAGCAGCCACCAUCGUGGCCAAGCACACGUCCGCCCUCUGCAACACCUGCCGCCUGGCCUCCUCUCGCACGGCCAACCCGGUGGCCAAGCGCCAAUUUGUCCAGUCGGCCAAGGAAGUGGCCAACAGCACUGCCAACCUUGUCAAGACCAUCAAGGCCCUGGACGGGGCGUUUACCCCAGAGAACCGGGAGCGCUGCCGCGAAGCCACUGCUCCCCUGAUCGAGGCUGUGGAUAACCUGACCGCCUUUGCCGCCAACCCCGAGUUUGCCACUGUCCCAGCUCAGAUCAGCCCAGAGGGCCGCAGAGCCAUGGAGCCCAUUGUGGCCUCGGCCAAGACGAUGCUGGAAAGCUCUGCCGGCCUCAUCCAGACGGCGCGCUCGCUGGCUGUCAAUCCGAAGGACCCGCCCAAGUGGUCUGUCCUGGCCGGACACUCCCGGACCGUCUCCGACUCCAUCAAGAAGCUCAUCACCAACAUGAGGGACAAGGCCCCUGGGCAGCGUGAGUGCGACGAGGCCAUUGAGCAGCUGACCAAGUGCAUCCGGGACGUGGACCAGGCCUCCUUGGCCGCCAUUAGCCAGCAGUUGGCCCCCCGCGAGGGCAUCUCCCACGAGGCCUUGCACAACCAGAUGAUGACCGCAGUCCAGGAGAUCAGCAACCUCAUUGAGCCGGUGGCUGGAGCCGCCCGAGCCGAAGCCUCCCAGCUUGGGCACAGGGUGUCUCAGCUGGCCCAGUACUUUGAGCCCCUGGUGCUGGCGGCCGUGGGCGCCGCCUCCAAGAUGCUCAACCACCAGCAGCAGAUGAACCUCCUGGACCAGACCAAGACGCUGGCCGAGUCGGCCCUGCAGAUGCUCUACACCGCCAAGGAAGCUGGUGGAAACCCCAAGCAAGCGCCUCACACGCAGGAAGCCCUGGACGAGGCUGUGCAGAUGAUGAAGGAAGCUGUGGAGGACCUCACGGCCACCCUGAACGAGGCUGCCAGCGCAGCAGGCGUGGUGGGCGGCAUGGUGGACUCCAUCACACAAGCCAUCAACCAGCUGGAUGAGGGACCCGUAGGGGAACCGGAUGGGGCCUUUGUGGACUACCAGACGACCAUGGUGAAGACCGCCAAGGCCAUCGCUGUGACUGUCCAAGAGAUGGUCACCAAAUCGACCACCAACCCAGAUGAACUGGGCACGUUGGCCAACCAGCUCACCAGCGACUACGGACAGCUGGCCCACCAGGCCAAGCCAGCAGCCAUUACAGCCGAGAACGAGGAGAUUGGCUCCCACAUCAAGAACCGGGUGCAGGAGCUGGGCCACGGCUGUGCCGCUCUUGUGACCAAGGCCGGUGCCCUCCAGUGCAGCCCCAGCGACGCUUACACCAAGAAGGAGCUCAUCGAGUGCGCCCGGAGGGUCUCCGAGAAGGUCUCCCACGUCCUGGCAGCCCUGCAGGCCGGCAACCGGGGCACCCAGGCCUGCAUCACCGCGGCCAGCGCUGUGUCCGGCAUCAUCGCUGACCUGGACACCACCAUCAUGUUUGCCACGGCCGGCACCCUCAACCGGGAGAACGCAGAGACGUUUGCUGACCACAGGGAGGGCAUCCUGAAGACGGCGAAGGCGCUGGUGGAGGACACCAAGGUGCUGGUGCAGAAUGCCACCGCCAGCCAGGAGAAGCUGGCGCAAGCGGCGCAGUCCUCCGUGGCCACCAUCACACGCCUGGCCGAGGUGGUCAAGCUGGGCGCUGCCAGCCUGGGCUCCGAAGACCCAGAGACUCAGGUGGUCUUGAUCAAUGCCGUGAAGGACGUGGCCAAAGCCCUGGGCGAUCUCAUCAGCGCCACCAAGGCUGCGGCCGGGAAAUCUGGCGACGACCCGGCUGUCUACCAGCUGAAGAGUUCGGCAAAGGUGAUGGUCACCAACGUGACCUCGCUGCUGAAGACGGUGAAGGCGGUGGAGGACGAGGCCACCAAGGGGACGCGGGCGCUGGAGGCCACCAUCGAGCACAUCCGCCAGGAGCUGGCCGUCUUCUCCUCCCAGGUGCCCCCCGCCAAGACCUCCACGCCCGAGGACUUCAUCCGCAUGACCAAGGGCAUCACCAUGGCCACGGCCAAGGCGGUGGCGGCCGGAAACUCGUGCCGCCAGGAGGACGUCAUCGCCACCGCCAACCUCAGCCGACGCGCCAUCGCGGACAUGCUGCGCUCUUGCAAGGAGGCGGCCUACCAUCCGGACGUGAGCGGGGAGGUGCGCCACCGGGCCCUGCGCUUCGGCCAGGAGUGCGCCAGCGGAUACCUGGAGCUCCUGGAGCAUGUGCUGGUGGUCCUACAGAAGCCGAGCCACGACCUGAAGCAGCAGCUGGCCGCCUACUCCAAGCGGGUGGCCGGAUCCGUCACAGAACUCAUCCAGGCGGCCGAAGCCAUGAAAGGAACAGAGUGGGUGGACCCCGAAGACCCCACGGUCAUUGCAGAGAACGAGCUGCUGGGGGCGGCGGCGGCCAUUGAGGCUGCGGCCAAGAAGCUGGAGCAGCUGAAGCCCAGGGCCAAGCCCAAGCAAGCGGACGAGAGCCUGAACUUUGAGGAGCAGAUCCUGGAGGCAGCCAAAUCCAUUGCAGCGGCAACCAGCGCCUUGGUCAAGGCGGCAUCGGCGGCCCAGAGGGAGCUGGUGGCCCAAGGGAAGGUGGGUGCCAUUCCGGCCAACGCCCUGGACGAUGGUCAGUGGUCCCAAGGCCUCAUUUCAGCGGCCCGGAUGGUGGCUGCGGCCACGAACAACCUGUGUGAGGCGGCCAAUGCGGCGGUGCAAGGCCACGCCAGCGAGGAGAAGCUCAUCUCUUCGGCCAAGCAAGUGGCGGCCUCCACGGCCCAGCUGCUGGUGGCCUGCAAGGUCAAGGCGGACCAGGACUCCGAAGCCAUGCGGCGCCUGCAGGCGGCCGGCAACGCUGUGAAGAGAGCGUCCGACAACCUGGUGAAGGCGGCUCAGAAGGCGGCCGCUUUCCAGGACCACGAGAACGAGACGGUGGUGGUGAAGGAGAAGAUGGUGGGGGGCAUCGCGCAGAUCAUCGCGGCGCAGGAGGAGAUGCUGCGCAAGGAGCGGGAGCUGGAGGAGGCGCGCAAGAAGCUGGCCAUGAUCCGGCAGCAGCAGUACAAGUUCCUGCCCUCGGAGCUGCGGGACGAAGGGCAGAACUGAGGGGGCCGCCCGACCGCCUGCCCCCCAUCUCCCUCCCACCGCCGCCCACCCACCCGCCUGCCGCCCCCUAUUUAAGGAUGCCACCCACCCGAGUAGGCGCACGGAGCGCCCCAAGGACUGCUCCUGUUGCCGCACAGCCAAGGCUUGCGUGUUGGUCAAGCCUCAGAGACACCCCUCCCCAUGCCCCGUCCAGAGGGGUCAUGCGAGUCCGGACUGCCUUUUUCUGGAGGGGAUCAAGCCCACUCCCCACUCUUUUGCCUUUCCUUUCCAGAAUCUUCCAUGUGCCUUUCUUGGGGAGGGGCGGGGGUCCUCUCUUCUCCAGACCGUGCAAUGAGACGAGCUGCGUCUCUCUCCCCCUCCCACUUUUCCCACUUUGACAAUGGUUUUGCCUUAAUGCAAGGGGACCUUGGGGAGGGGGAUGCAAGCCUUUCUUCUAUGCCCCCCCCCAUAAGUGUCUCCUCUUCCACCGCCGGUGCUGCUGCUCUUUGUUCCCAAGUGCCUCUGCUGCUUUCCCAAGUGCCCCCCCCCCCUUCGCCCCUUUCCGGCCUGCCUCACGCACCCCUUUGCUGCAAAUGCCCCCCCCCCCCCAUCUCGUCUCACCACGCUGCUGCUUCUUCGCUGCCCCUUUCUAAGGCCCUCACCUGCUGAGGCUUCUCACCUUUUGUAAUUUUGAUACUACAGUUAAGCUGCCUCUGAAAAGCUCUUUUUUUGCCAGGGAACCAGGGAGGAGGAAGGAGAGGGGAUGAUGGUGAUGAUGGUGAUAAUGAAGAUGAUGAUGGUGGAGGGGAGGUCGGCACGGAAGUGUGGGAGGGUAACGGUUGCGGAGGAAGGCUUCUCCUGAAUAAACGGGUUUCCCUGCAGAAA